CUGUUACAUCACCCGUUUGGAGAAAGGGAGUUGAAAUUGCGCAUGCGCAUUGCUUUUCUUGUCUGAAAUCGCAGCAGUUUGAUACGAGGAGAACGCAGCCGUAUAUAGUUGCUGAGGGCCGAAACAAAAAGGGGGACAAAAUCGUUAAAAUUCGUGUUUCCAGGCUGCUGUACAUACCUUCAUUCUUCAACCGAGCGUCUAAACUGGGGAAAUGGCGUCUAAAACCCGGCUUCUGAGUUGAUUUGAGUGAGGUUUCGAGCCGUUGUUUUUAGGGAGGGUGAUAGCAGUAUUGAACGAGAGUAUUUAUCACCAGAAAUAAGAGAGAGUUCUAUCGCGCUGGCUUCUGUCUGGAUCAAGUGAAUGAUUUGUAAGCGAGCAAAAGGUGUUCUGUAAUUUGCCAAGAUGAGCAGGCUCUGGAGGAGAGAUGUUCCCCUGGUGGCCCCUGGCUCCUCUGUGGGGGAGGUUGCACCCGGCCCUCACUCCACGGCCACCCCGGCCAGCCCCAACAUGUCAUGGAUCCCUGAGGAGCCCAUCACCCCGCUGGGGGAGCCCUUCUUCCUCAUGACCACCUCGGCACAGGCCAUCUCCGGCUUCUUCGUGUGGACAGCACUGCUCCUCACCUGCCAGCAGUGGCAGGAAUGUACUACAGUGGUUGGAGAUAUCUACAUGCACCUGCGCUACUACAGCGCCCCGAACGAGCAGAGAUACAUUGUGAGGAUCCUCUUCAUCGUUCCCAUCUACGCCUUUGACUCCUGGCUCAGUCUGCUCUUCUUCACCAAUGACCAGUACUACGUCUACUUCGACACGGUCAGGGACUGCUACGAAGCUUUUGUGAUCUACAAUUUCCUGAGCCUCUGCUAUGAAUUCCUCGGAGGGGAGAGCGCCAUCAUGUCAGAAAUCAGAGGGAAGACGAUUGAGUCCAGCUGUAUGUACGGAACCUGCUGCCUUUGGGGAAAGACCUACUCUAUUGGCUUCCUGCGUUUCUGCAAACAGGCGACUCUGCAGUUCUGCGUAGUCAAGCCCUUGAUGGCCAUGAUUACUGUGAUACUGCAAGCUUUUGGGAAAUACAAGGAUGGAGACUUCAACGUGGCAAGCGGAUACCUCUACGUGACGAUCGUCUACAACAUCUCGGUGAGCCUGGCUCUGUACGCGCUCUUCCUCUUCUACUUCGCCACUCGGGAGCUGCUCAGCCCCUACAGCCCUGUGCUCAAGUUCUUCAUGGUCAAGUCUGUCAUCUUCCUGUCCUUCUGGCAAGGCUUGCUGCUGGCUGUCCUGGAGAAGUGCGGGGCGAUCCCGAAGAUCAGUUCGGCGGAGGUGUCGGUGGGAGAGGGCACGGUGGCCGCCGGCUAUCAGAACUUCAUCAUCUGCGUGGAGAUGUUCUUCGCUGCCAUCGCCCUGCGCUACGCGUUCACCUACAAGGUCUAUGUGGACAAGCAGCUCGUCACACAGGGAAUACUUCCUACUUAUGGGCCCUAUGGUCGAUGCGCCCCGAUGAAAAGCAUCUCCAGCAGUCUGAAGGAGACCAUGAACCCCGGAGACAUUGUCCAGGAUGCCAUCCACAACUUCUCCCCUGCUUACCAGCAGUACACCCAGCAAUCCACGCUGGAGCCAGGCCCGGGCUGGCAGCGCAACGGACACGCCGUCUCACGCACACACAGCGUGGCGAGCAUGAGGGACAACGAGAAGACACUGCUGCUGAGCUCCGACGACGAGUUCUGAGAGAGCACAGCACAGACACACACACACACAAACACACACACAUACACACACACACACACACCUAAAUAAAACUGGCAUGGGGGAAGGGUCGUUUGGAACCAUUAUCAAAAGUCACGCGCCGGACAACUAGCGCCAUCUGCUGUUGGAGAGUAGGAACUAAUGCAUUCAAUCCAGCAUUUUAUUGUUCACAAACCUUUUUGAAAUAAACACACAACAUAACCCCUUUUAAAUACACUAUCCCACAAUUAGUUCAGAAAGCAGCCUAAAGAGGAGGUUUUACCCUACACAGUUUUAGGCUAUAUUCUACAGUUCCCUUUUAUGUGUGAAGCAGUUAUGUUUUUAUGGCUUGUCUGUUUUUACAGCAUUUCCGCAUUUUGACGGAAACUUAUACAAAUUCUGCAUUGCCACAAUUGCAACCACACUCAAUUCACAUGUAAACGCAGACCUCCACACAAACUAGCUAUGUUUUUAGGAUUACAAGUUACAAGUGUCCUGAAACUGCCAAUUGUCGAAACUAUUAUUCCAAAGGGCUUGCCAGUCUGCUGCUGUUGAGCGAAACCCCAAUGGUUCAUUCCAGCACUGCUUUUCCACAUUGCUUGUAAACCUUUUGAAAAAUGAGUGCAAACAUUUUACAGAGUGCUAACCAGAACUUCCUGUUCUUGCAGCAUCUUUGCAGUAACAUUGUUGCUUAUCAGGCAAAAACAUUUAUUUUUAAACCUUCCCAUGGUGUGUUCUCAUUACUGGAUAUGAGAGAGACUGUUCUCAAUAUUGUAAGGGCAGCACUUGAUGUGUAAUAGGUUGUACCCAGCAGGUUGUGGACUAAGAAUUGGAAUACCUGCCAGCUAUGCGCACCUUGUGGCAUCUCUGACUGCAUUUUUUCUUUACUGUUGUUUUUGCCCUUUUCUGUUUUUUCAUGAAACUGCAAAUGAUACAUUUUAGAUAUAGGACAAACAGAAGACCAUUGUGCAAAGAGCAGCCGAUCAGCUGAAAGGAGCAAAAGUAAAUCGCAUGAAACGGGAAAUCAGAGGGGUUUGGAAUAAGUGAAACUGCAUCGCCCUGUUGGCAAGUCCGUUCAGUCAUGGUGAGCAAGACUGGGUAGGUGCUUGGUUGCUGGUGCUUCCAUAUUGAAGCCUAAUGAUAGGCUGCACAUCCUGUUGAGUGCACAGCCUUUUAUAUAUACAGAGCAUCAAAAUAAACAUAUUACUAUUAAAACACAUUUAUUUUGUGGGGAAAAAAUAAGGUAUAUAAAUGAUGGACAUUGACGAAAUGUUUUUGGUUUCUUUUUAAUCACUUGAUCAUUCAUCCUUGACCAUGUCAUGCUUGAGUGACUAUGACUGAAGCAUAUGCACUUAAUCACCUAAUUAGUGAGACAGUUGAUUAGACACUGGAUAUGGAGUGAUUUCAGCUAUUGAAUUGCAAGCUCCAAUAAAGCAAUAAAGAAAAUCACAGAAAAAAAAAACAAUAUGCCACGUCUGUCAAGAGAGCAAUGUCUUCGUGCAAUCAGCAUGUUGGAGGCUAGAUUAGAGCAGCGUACUGUGGCUCGUCGCCUUGGGUGCUCACAGCCAGCAAUUUCAAACCUGGCGAGACAGUAUAACCAGACACACUCGGUCAAUGACAGGCCACGAACUGGGAGACCAAGAGUCACAACACCUGCCCAAGAUCGACAGAUCAUUUUGCAGCAUCUUCGUGAUGUCAUUUUUUAAUCAGCACAAUAAAAAGUCACUGCACCUGCUCUUAAACAGAGUUUGCAAUUUUUCGAUCCAUCUAGUGAAUUUUAUCCAAAUAUAAGUGAUGUUUCUUUUGAUGCUCAGUAUACAUUAAAGAAGUAUUGUGUUGAUGGGACACAAGGCUACAGCAGCAUGGUGACAUGACAGUUAAGGCCUGGAACAAAAACUGGAAAAUACUUUCUGGGGCCAGAUUUAAUAUAUUUGCUUUAAUUUAUUAUUUUCUAUUCAGUUAAUUUGACUGGGAAACUAAAGGCCUGAAUUAGAUAACUUGUACCAUGGACACAGAUAUUUAGCAUAGUGCCAACAAACGUCUAUAGACACUGAUAGCAGUGCUAGAAUUUAGAUUUAAUCCAGUCUAAGUGUUUGCUCAGUUUUAAGUUAUUGCCAGAUGGAAUAAGGUCUAAAAUAUAUUCUUCAGACCACAUCACUUUUUUUUUUUUUUUUUUUUUAACAAGAGAAAUGAUUCGUUUUGAUUUCGAUUUGACUUUUUUUUUUUUUUUUUAAGGAUAUACCGUAGCAAUUAAAAAAAAAAAAAAAUACAUUCUGGCAUACAUAAAGGGCACCCAAAUUUGGGGUCCUUAUAUAUGGCUACAGUUAUUGCAUUAAUAUGUCGAUAUGUUGUUCUAUUGUACAGUUGUACUAUUUAAAUGUCAAACAAGAAACGUGUAUCGUAACUUAAGAAAAGCAUUUACUGCCCUGUGGCAAGUUCACACAAGUGUGCAGAAAGCUGGUUUUACCAUCAGCUAGUGAUCUCAGCUAGUGGUCUUUUGAAACUUGCCCAUCGUCUUUUAAUGAUACUAAGCAGCAUCUUGUCAAUCUUAUCAAUUGGCCUUUCACCGGAGGUUCAAGUCCGAGUUUGGGGGCCUCAACUUGGCUCCCCAUUUGUGACAUCUGAGGCUUUUUGAAGUUUAAUUAAACACGCCUUUCGGACCAUGUUGUCAAAGCUUUCCUCCAUUCUUUAAUUGACUCCUGUUUUUUAAAAGGAGAAAAGUGUUAAAAAAAAUGAGAAAAAAAAACACCUUGAUGCUGCUUAAGAGAACUCUGAUUGUAUUAUUUGUUUGUUUAUAGUUUUGUAAAAUUAACAGGCAUUUUACCUUUUUAAAAAAUAAGAGUUCACUAAAGACUGGAGUAAACCCUUUGAAAACAUGACUCCUCAAUUCCUGGUCCUAGAUUAAAUACUCCUGAAUCGCAACCAAUGGAGAUCACCUAUACUCUUUACUGGUGACCAAUCCCCGUACUAGCUGUGGAUUAUAAUGAUAUGCCCAACCUUUCCAACCUCUCCCUCCAACUUCAGGGCAAGUCAGUCUUCUCUGCAAUCAAAGACUUGUAGCUUAGAAGGACUCCCAGUGGACAUCCUUGAAUUCAGCAUUAUAAAUCUCACCUAAAUUCACAUAAAAUAGUGAUGUUUUUAAAUGACCAAGUAGUUUCCCAUGUAUAAAAUUGGUUGAACCACUGGGCAAUUGACAGUCGAAGCUCAGCUAAAUGUAGGAUAAUUCUAUCAUACUCCCAGAAAUGGGAGCCUGCAUAUCCCCACACCCUUCCAUUCCAGUGUGGGUGGUCAGCUUAUAAAACUCUACCAUCAUCCUGAGAUUUACAGUUUAUAUUUUAAUAUAUUAUUUUUAGCUGUUUUUUCUACUCCCCAGGUUACAACGGGGGUGAAGAAUCAGCUUUCAGUCUUUUUUGUUGUUCCUUUUUUUAUACAUCUCAAGUGAAGUGUGUUUUUUUUUUUUGUCUUUUUAUUUGAUGUUUGUCAUUUUAAUAAUACGUCGGACACCUCUCUUGCCAACUGUCCCUUACUGUUAAUGAUAUCAUUCUUCACUCAUUUGGGUCCAUUGUUGUGAGAUUUCACUUUAACGAAACAUAUCAAUUCCUGGUCAUAGAUUAAAUGAUACCAAAUCAAUAGAUAUUGCCUUAAAGUCUACACUGGUGACCAAUCUCCCGACUAGCUAUGGAUUACAAGAACGUGUCCAAAAUGUUUAUCCUGUCCCUCCAAAGUAAGGGCAGUCAGUCUUCUCCAUAUGAAAGGAUUGAAGCCUAGCGAUCCAAUACAAAGAUAUAAAGCAACAAGCCUACCAGUAUGUUCAGAUAUCACUGUGUUGUUAACACGCUAAUGGAUUAUCAAUGCAGUGCCCCAUGCAAUAUCAUAUUCAAUCUGGAUCAUUCUUUUGAUAUGUUAUAUAACCAAGGAAAAAAAAUCAAAUUACACAUGAAAUGUAAUAAUUUGCAUUUUUGUUCUCCAGCACUUCUGAUUUGUAUUAUAAUUUUUAUUUCUCCAGUUGUUUACUGUUAAGGAACAGCAUUAUCACAUAAAUUGAACACAUUUUGGGGUGAAAAUCUGACUUUCUUACCACUUCCCCGCUAUGAAAAUGGUGUGCAUGGUAUAAAUAUUUGUGAAAAACUGUUCUGAAUUUGUGCAAUGUGUAUCGAAAUGUAACUGCAACAGGCAGACACUAAACCCCCUUACCCCUGCGGGCUGCUAUGACACACUUUGAAAUGUCUGGACACUGCAAAGUUUGUUUUAAACCACAUUUAAGAGCGAGCUGGGAUUUAAAGGGGUAGCAUUUAUCAUUGUUUUAAAUUGACUGAACAAUUUGGUUUUGUAACAUCCCCAAUCAGCUACAUUUUCAGCUGCAAUCUUGAGAUAAGGCUUUUAAGCCAUGUUCUUACCUCUCAUUGGCUGAAUCUCAACAGGCAGUGUUGUGCCAAUGCUUUUCAAAUGUCAUUUGUAUUUAGUUUGCCCACGAUGACAUGUUGUGCACUUUUGUGUGGACAUUUGGGAACGUCUUCACAUUUCCCAUUCUGCUAAAUUAGCAUUAAAAAUGAAAUAAAUGCAUAGUAAACUUAUUCAGAACUAGAUACAAGGUGCAUGGAGGAGCUCUGAAAUGAACUGCCUGAGUAAUUUAAUUGAACAUCAAAGUGUUGUGUUUUUUUUUGGUUUUUUUUUUAGAAUAAUUUUUGUGAAUCUAAACCAGUACAGUAUAUUAUGGUGGGCUAGAGAAUCAGGCAGGGUGUCAGCCCCAGUUAACACCCUGGCAUACUGCAAAAAUAACAUCAAGCAAUUCCGUUGUGGUAGGGAUUGGUAGAAAUACAAGAUGUAUUGACCUUUUAGAGGCGCAAAACAGCCCUGGGUAGUAACUUGCUGUGAAAUGCAAACCUCAGCUUUCAAUGAUAGAUCUAGGGUUUCUCUAAAACAUUUCCAUUGUAUUCUUCUAAGAUUCUCCAUAAGUUAGUGUUCCUGUUUAUCGUUGUAGUUUGCUCUUGCUGAUAUACCUCUAGUGGGGAUUCAGAGCAAAGUGUGUCAGAUUACUAAACGCACAGGCUCGUUUUCAUUAUAGCUCUGCGUGAACAACACAUAAACACGACAGUGCAAUAUUAACACUUUGUAUUAUCUGGGAAGAUAGUGCUGUGAACAGACUUUAUUUGAAGCUUUGGCAAUUCUGAAGCAGGAAAAAGAAAUCCCAAGCUGUCAUUAAAAGACUGAAGGUUGGGGGAAGAAACAAAGAGUUUGUGAUCUUAAACCCUAAUGACAAUGUUUUUCCAAUUACAGAGGCUGUUACUGCAGAAAAUGUAGUAUAACUGGCUGUCCACUAAGUGCAGAUUGAGUUUAAAACGAAACUCGGAUGAUCAGAUUGAUUGCACAAAGGAAGUCACCAGAAAUAAUAAAUGUGUUAUUGAAUUAUUACCACUGACCUUUCCUUCCCUAAGCUGCUUCAAACAGUUCAAUUCAGAGUGGCUUGUUGCUGUCAGCCCCGCACUCCCUGUAACACUAGUGUCAUUUUUAUUGCAGAAAAGUGGCUUACAGUACUGUAUACAAAUAUUGGAAUAUUGAAUAGGAAUAAUAUUGUAUGAUAUCUCAGAGAUACAGACACCUAGUUUUGUACCGUCAGUGUUUUUCUUAUUUCUUCUUGUUUUUCUUGAUCUGGUAUAUUGACAUAAAGCUGCAGAGAUUCCGCUUCUAUUUUUGCCUUUGUGAUGUUAACAAAAAAAUAAAUAAAAAUUAUAUAGAUUGUC